AUGAAUAAGCAACACUUCGAAGAAUGGUUCCGGAAAAUUUUGCAAAAGAUACCGACAAUGUCUGUCAUUGUCAUCGACCAGGCACCUUAUCAUACGAUGCUUGAUCCAGAACUCAGAAACCCCACUCUUGCUUGGAAGGAAGCAUCGAUCAUUAAGUGGGUGCAAAAAAGAAAAAUUCCCCUUUCGGUGGGUGUUGAAGCACACGAAAUGCUAACAAUUAGAGAUCUUUUAAAUAUGUCUAAGCCUUAUUGGUAUCCAAAGUGUUAUUUAUUAGAAAAAAUUACUCGGAAAAUGCGAGGAGAUGAUGUAAAAUUACUUUGGAUACCGGUGGCUCAUUGUGAACUCAACGCUAUCGAGUUGAUUUGGGCACAUGUUAAGAGAACAGUUUUUGCUGAAAAUAGCACUUUUAAGAUAAAGGAUGUUCUCGAACUUUGCAUUGAGCAAGACGAUAAUGAUUCAGAAGAUUAG